AUGGACCCGCAGGACUCAGAGCGCGCCCAGCGCGCGGAGAAGGCCGACGCCCACGCGGGCCCGCACCGCGGUGCAGCGGACCCUGGCGACGAUGCGACCCUCCAGCACCCCGCCGCCGCGUCCUCGAGCCGCGGCGCGACGCACGGCCACCUCCACGACUACCGUCACCACCUGGACCUCCCGGCGAUCGACGAGCGCUCCGGCGCGAGCCCGACGCACGGCCUCGGUGACCGGGCGCCAUCCGGGCCGGGCUCGGCCGUGCCGCAGCUGCAGCAGAUCCUCAACAUGGACACGUACAGCGGGAGCUCGUCGUCGUCGGGGGCGCCGCAGCAGCGCGCGGCCCCGUCGGACACGGUGUCGUCGAUCCGGAGGGAGUUUGAGAGACACCACCAGCACGUGCACUACCACGCGGACGUGCGCGGGGGCGAGGAGUGGCACGCGCACGCGCCCGCGCACCUCGAGCCGCGGAGCGCGUCGGGGAUCAUCAGCCCCGGCAGCACCAUCGGGGGGAGGAGUUUCCGGAGACACCCCUCCGGGGGUCUCAACGUGCACAGCCCGCUGAUCGACGACGCGCACCACGCGGGCGCGCCCGCGCCCGGGCGUGCGCCGUCGGGCGGCUUCCUGCGCGCGCACGACGGCAUGCCGCUGCAAUCGCGCGCCUCGGUGGGCAUGGCCUCGGCAGUGAGCGCGGGCGGGCUGCUCUCGCCGCGCAGCACGGGCGUGCCCGGGUUCGACCAGUCGGACCUCCACCGCGUCUCGGCGCACUCGAUCGGGCACUCGUCGCACGUGCACACUCCGCGCAGCGAGAGUCCGGGUCCAGUCGCGCGCCCCCUCGCGGCACCGCCGGCCGACACCGCCGCGGGGGGCUUCGGGCCGGACGGCCGGCGCGUGCCGUUCCGGCCGCAGAUGGACCGCUGGGGGAGCAUCGUGUCGAGCACGGGGGGCGAGGACUCCAUGGGGGUAGUCCAGCAGGGCGCCGCGGUAGAAGUGGGGGAGUUCCUGGGGCACGACAGCCACUCGGGGGGGCACUCGUCGGCGCGGGACGCCGCGUCGCAGGGCACGGGCACGUCGAGUUCGGCGCAGGAGAUCCUCUACGCCGCCGACCUGCUCGCCAAGCCCUUCACUCCCCCCCCCAACAUGGACCUGGGGGCGGGUCGCACGCCCGGGUCGGGCGAGUCCGGGACGGGCGAGAGCAACACCCCGCAGGACGACGCGGUCUCCAGGGGCCGCGUCGGCACCGGCAGCAUCGUCUCGCCGCCGGACUCGCACCCGGCGUCCCGCGGGCGCUCCCCCGCCGCCGUGCCGUCCCGCAUCCCCCGCGCUGGGGCCGACCGGCCGGCGCGGCCCACCGCGCGGACCCCGCCGCGCGCGCAGCGCCCCCCGCGCCAGCCGGAGCGCCGCGCCGCGAAGCCCGGCGUCCCGCAGCCCCACCCGCGGCCGGCCUCUGCCCCCCGGGGGCGUGACGCGCCAGACGGGGGGAGUCCCGGCCCGGAGGGCACCGCGUCGCCGCGGAAGCAGGUCACGAAGGUCGAGGAGUUCGACCUGAGCCAGCCGCAGGGGCGCCACACCAAGAACGAGGUCGCGCGCCGCGUCGAGGAGCAAUACGAGCAGGCGCUGCCGUUCGAACCGACUUUCGUGGCGCGGCCGCGCAGCCCGGGCGCGGGCAAGGUGCCGCGGUCGUUCUACGAGCGGCUGCAGGAGGACCAGAUGAAGCGCGAGCGCCACCGGAGGAAGAUGCUGGAGGAGAAGGCCGAGCGGGAGCGCAAGGAGGCGGAGCGGGUGGCGGAGGAGGCGCGGCGGGCGCGGGCGGCGUCGCGGCGGAAGGAGCGGCCGGGGCGGUCGGGCGAGUCCGGCGGCAGCGCGAGCGAGGGCGCGCGGGGCGGGGAGGAGGCGGACAGCAGCGCGGGGGUGCCGCGGCACGAGCGGCUGUACGGGAUGGUGGAGAAGCGGCGGGCGAACAUCGAGAAGAAGCGCGCGGAGGUGGAGAAGGAGCGGAUGGCGGAGGUGACGGGGCGGCCGCAGACGAACCAGAUCGAGCCGCAGAAGUACGUCCCGCCGCACGAGCGCGCCGCCGAGGUGGUGCGGCGGCGGCAGGCGUGGCUCGCGUCGCAGGAGGAGAAGCGCAACAGCGCCUUCACGUUCCAGCCACAGAUCCUGAAGAAGUCCCAGCGCAUCGCCGAGGCGCGCGACCUCCGCCGUGACCUGGAGAUCACGCACGGCAUCGCGGCGAGCGCCCCGAAGCGCGCAGGGCUCCUGUACGGCUCCGCGUCGACGGGCGAUCUCGGCCGUCCGCCGAUCGCGUCGACCGCGACGGACGCGAUGCCCUUCGGCGACGAGGGCUGCACCUUCCGCCCCGCCAUCAACCCCAACUCGCGGCUGAUCGCCGAGCUGGACCCGAAGCGCCCCGCGUCCUUCCUGGACCGCAUCGAGCGCGAGCUGCGCGAGCGCCGCGUGCGCGCGGCGGCCAACGCGCGGGCGCACGAGGACCCGGAGCUGUCGUUCCGGCCGCGCACGGACGGCAACGCCGGGCGCGUGCUCGCGGCGUCGCGCACCAAGGCGGUGCACCUCCAGGAGUCGCACCUGGAGAAGGUCGAGCGCCUGAGCUACCAGGACGCCCAGAGGCGCGAGGCGCUGCAGCAGACGCUCGCCGAGAGCUAUUACAGCCAGUACCCCUUCCAGCCCGAGAUCUCGCGGGCCGCGGCGACGCGGAAGGCGACGCCGCUGGAGGAGCUCGUGAACAACACGCGCGGCAAGGUGAAGCGCGACGGCGAGCGCGCGAAGGUCGAGCGCGAGGAGGCACGCGCCUGCACCUUCCAGCCCGACACGACCAAGCCGACCGGGACGCCCCGGGGGGAGUCCACGGCGCUCGUGGUGCUCGACCAGGACCACGUCGACGAGCGCCGCGUGAUCAACCGCCCCCCCGAGCGCCUCCUCGAGCACAUCAUGCGCCAGAAGGAAGACCGGGAGCGCAAACUGGCCAUGCGGCGGGCGGAGCUGGCGGAGCGCGAGGCGGACGAGUGCACGUUCGCGCCCGAGGUCGGCCCGCCGCCGCCCGCCGAGGAGGGCCCCGUGCUCGUGCGCGGGCUGGCGGCGUUUAACGAGCGGCAGCUGCGCGCGCGCGAGUUCCAGCGCCAGCGGGAGGAGUACGAGAAGAAGGUGUUCUGGAAGGAGCCCAAGGGGUCGGCCGGUCACACGGUUCCGCAGCCGCCGCACUUGGCCACGGAGGAGCGCAUGCGCGACAAGGCCACCAGCGAGGGGUGGGAGGGGCGCCGCGCGGCAGCGGAGGCGUACGAACGGGCGAGGGAGGAGGCGCUGUCCGGCCGGCCGCGCACGAACUACGCGCGCCAGCGCAAGCUGCUCGACCGCAUCCUCGGGAAGGCCGACCCCUCGGCGCCGGCCCAGGAGGACGGCAGCGACAGCGCACUCGUCGUUGUUGGCGGGCCCUCGGAGAGCGAAGGCCCCGCGUCCGGGCGGUACGGGGCGCCGAGCAGCGAGGCAGCGAGCGUACAGGCCGCGGCGUAG